UCUUCUUACAUAUUUUCUCUCCUUCCACACGUUUUACUCAUACCAAACAGUUCAUUGCCUGUAAACCUUUUUUACUUGGAAUCUGACAUUCUUUGUUCAUUGAUAUUGUUUGGGUUCAUUCGGGCAGUUUACACAGACUUAUCUUCAAUGGUGAUUCAGAGAAUCAGAACAAGGCAAGUCAACCAAGAGGUAAAAUCUUGAUUCUUGAUCUCCGUAGCAAAUCAGAUCCUAGCUAGAGAGCGGCUCUUUCUCACGACUAGGGGGUUUCUAGACGAGACUAGAUAGCAAAUCAGAUCCGUCUGCCGUCUAUCUUUCCCUUCUCUCUUUUCUUAGCAAAGUAGGUUCAAGUCAAACUUGUGGCUUGCUAAAAGCUGGGCUCAGGGACUGCAGUCGUCAGCUCGUUCUUGACAGAUCCGAUCGGGUGUUCAUAAUCUGGAGUAAAAGGAUUCGAACCAAAAACCGGUGCGUUACGACUUGGCUAUACUCCGUGCGGCCUGUUUUGGACGGUAAGAACGAGAAGGCUCUACUAGGAGGGUCCACUUCAUCGUUCCCACACGAGAACAAGAGUUAUAAGUAGAUCAAUGAAGGGUGCUUCAUCGAAUGGUGAAGGAGAUUCUUGCGAGAUUCUGAUCAAGGACAUUGAAGAAAUGAUAAAAAAUCUGGAGUUACCCACAUCGCCAGAUUGUUCUAUUUAUAGAGUCCCUAACAAUCUUCGCAAAUUGAAUGAAGAAGUCUACACUCCUAUGGUGGUGUCUAUUGGCCCUUUUCACCAUGGUGAGAAGAAAGAACUUAAACCCAUGGAAAAUUUUAAGCUGAGAUGUGUGGAGAAAAUCCGUCAACGAACCGGAAUCACCAUACGGGAACUUGUCGAUGCUGUAAAACGGAGAGAAGAUAGAAUCCGUGGUUGCUAUGAAGGAAUCAUUAACAAAAGCAGCAACGUGUUGACCAAGAUCAUUCUAGUCGAUGCUGUAUUCAUUAUUGUUUGCAUUGUACAAGUAUACUAUGACAGUAAAGGUGGACAUGAUGCUGUUCUUGAGAAAAAUUUCCAAUUGCCCCCAGAUUUGUUUCGCGAUUUCAUUUUACUCGAGAAUCAACUUCCCUUCUUCGCCCUUGAAGACCUCUAUGACUUAAUCUUUCGAUCUCGUCCAAAUCACAACCACCCUCCGUUCCUGGAAAUUGUUUGUUUAUUCUUUGGAUACUUCAACUCUCAGAAAGUAAUCAUCAGAAGAAAAGUAGAGCACUUCACCGAUUUAAUAUGGGCAUUUACUACACAGUCGUUUUCAAAUUUGUCUUUAGAGAAAGGGAAAACUGUAAGUAGAAACCUUCACAGCGUGGCAGAGUUACAGGAGGCAGGGGUGAGGAUUGAGGUGAGUCCUAACACAAACUUACUGGAUAUAAAGUUUAGGAAAGGAGUACUCAAAAUUCCUCAGUUUCGAUUAGAAGACAUUACAGAAUCUUUAAUUCGAAACUUAAUGGCUUUGGAACAAUGUCACUAUGAAGAAAACAUGUAUGUGUGUGAUUAUAUGUCAUUAAUGGAUGAGUUAAUCAAGACUGCCAGAGAUGUUGAUUUACUGGUUGAGAAGGGAAUUCUGGUAAACUGGCUAGGUGACAGCACUGCGCCAGUUACUUUGGUUAACAAACUGUGUAUUAAUGUCACUUUGAACCAGUACACCUCCUAUGCUAAGCUAUGGAGAGAUUUGAAAGCAUAUUAUGAUCAACCUUGGCAUGGUUGGAGGGCAACCUUGAAACAUGAGUAUUUUACAACUCCUUGGAGAGAAUGCUAUGGCUUUCCGGAUCUAUGCAAUCUGCUCCCGGGCAUUUGAUUCAUCUGUUCCUGCCACCGACCCUCCUUCGUACAAAGCUGUUCCUUUAGGAGGGAUUGUUACUGGAGCUAUGCAAAGCAUAAUCCUUAGCCCUGUCGAACUCAUAAAAAUUUGCCUUCAACUGCAGAACAAUAGUCAUUCAUCUUUCCUCACAGAAUAUUCAUCACACUGGCCCAAUAAGCGUUGCUAAAAAGCAUAUUCCGAACAGAAGGUCGGGGAAUUUACCGAGGAUUUACUGCAACAGUCCUCAGAGAUGCACCCGCACAUGGCUUCUGCUUCUGGA